CAGGUGGAAAGGGUGGGGCACAAGCAUCUGCUGACGUUAGUGUUAGGGUGGGACGUGGGACAUGGGACAUGGAGCCCCCCAACUGUAUUUAAACUGCUAGUACUUGUUAAACUUCUAAGAGAAAAUAGUUUUGGGAAGGUAACCCGACGAGAUGCUGCAGGACGAAAAAAGCACAGUGAUCAAAGAAGGUUUCCUCGUUAAAAAGGGCCAUGUAGUCCAGAACUGGAAAGUGAGAUGGUUUGUUCUGCUGCCGGACAAGUUAUUGUACUACAGACCUGAAGGAGGGAGGAAGGAUUCUACAACACUGAAAGGCCAAAUCCCCCUAGAGGAAUGUAGCAUUAUCUGCCCUUGUCUCGAGUAUGAGAACAGGCCGCUAGUAAUAAAACUGAAAUGCAAGACUUCGACAGAGCAUUUCCUUGAAGCAUGCUCAAGAGAAGAGAGAGAUCAGUGGGCUGCAGAAAUCACGAGUGUCAUUAGCAGCAUUAGUCCCACGCAGGCACCACUGCUUCAAACAACCAAACAGUCCAUACUGCCUAGCAAUAUCAGCUUAAACCACAUAAUAGACACAAUACGUGACAGUAACAAGGGAAUCAAGACAGUUUCCAACAUGGAGCAGGGCACAAACUAUGCUGAGAGUUUCACAGGUUCUGCAAUGGUGGAUUGGCUACUGUCCACAACGUCAGUUACCUCUCGUUUUGAGGCUGUGACGUUGGCAUGUUUGUUGCUUGAAGAGAAUUUCAUCAAGGCCAUUGGGAUAAAAAGCACAGAAGCUGCUCGGAAUGGGGAUCUUGGUGGUCAGUUUCUAGAUGAUUCCACAGCUCUGUAUUCAUUUGCAGAAAGCUACAAAAACAAGAACAAUUCAAAGCCUGAACUUCUCCUAAGUGCAGUUGAACUCGGUGGCAAAAUUGUGAAGCAGGGCUAUCUACUGAAGCAGGGACAUAAAAGGAAGAAUUGGAAAAUGAGAAGAUUUGUUCUUAGGACAGAACCUGCAUACCUACAUUACUAUGACCCUACUAAGGAUACUGUUCACCCUGUUGGUGGCUUUCCUCUAAGGGGUUGCUUAAUUUCUGCAUUAGAAGAUAAUGGAGUUCCUUCAGGUGUGAAAGGGAAUGUACAAGGCAAUCUAUUCAAAAUCAUAACACAGAAGGAUGUUCAUUAUUAUAUUCAAGCCAGUUCAAAGGGUGAAAGGACAGAAUGGAUUGAAGCAAUCAAACAACAGACUUGAUCUGGACUUCUAUAAAAGAUAGACUCCAAAGGAUUCUGUGAAGACUUUGCUUCCUCAAACUAUUGAACCAAAAUUAACCUACAUUGACUGAAUCCACCAAGUACCAGCUAUUUUGAAAGUAGUGUUGGGGGUAGCAACCAUAUACUGUGACAGUGGGCACCUGCUUUUAUUAUGCCAGCCUUAAUGUUUCAUGUUUUAAUGGAUACCAUACAGGGGGCAUAGGGUUGUGUGCUGCAAUGUAUGAUUGUCUUGAAGUUACCACUUCAUCCCCUGCAGUCAAGCACAUACAGGAUUUGCCAGGGUUCCUAAAAUGACUAACUACAUUCUAUGUACAAUACCCUUUCUGAGCAUAGUCUGUAUACUGAAUUUAUGCUAUGGAAUAAAUAACUAUAUAUAUUUAUAGAGUAUAAAACUGUAAUAACUACUUUUAAUACCAGAAAUAUACUAUUGUUCCAGUCAGCGUUUUAUAUAUAUAUUCAAGUGUUUUGUACCUGCUGUAAUUUACCUUUAAUAAA